AUGGCUGUUCACAUACAAAUCAUUAUUGGGCUUACCGUAAUGUGCUUUUUUGGGGUGAUCGUGCUGGUUCCGAUUUAUUCUCAAGGUGACCAAACAGAAGGAUCAAUAAUACUUAAAACAGGGAUUUCCAAUGUUUUGGAUGACGAAAGUUACUUUGUAGCAAGCAUUGUAUUCUUUAUCUUUUUUUCUCUUUUAGGGUAUAGUUUGGUAUAUAUUGUAUUGAAAACUGUUUCAAUUAAAGCUCAUCCUAAUAAUAUCAGAAAUUUUAAUUAUGUGCUAGAAAUCAGUGGACUUCCAAGGCAAGAAGCAAUUGAUAAAAUUUAUGAUAUACUAAAAUAUAAUAAAUAUAAGCCCCCUUUAUAA